UUCGCUCGUGAACCAAACAAUGUCAAUUGUUUUUUUGAAAGUUGGGUAGCUAUGGAAAUUCCAACCAAACAUAAUGAAAUUGGUGAAGAGCAUUGCCAAGACUCUUCAAAAGAAAAUAUUGGCGAAAAUGAGGAAAAUGAUGAAUACGAUACGACUGUGGAUACAGAAUGGGAAAUGGAAUACGAAGCUUCCUUGGAAAGCGACUAUAGCAGCUGUGAAAGUGAGCUCGUCAUUGAGCCACAACCAAGUAAAGAGCACUUAAAUGAUAUUCCCAUGCACAAAUAUCCAUUUAAGCUGAAACAAAACGAAGAGGGAAACAUACUUACCGUGCAUAAUACAAUCAAAUGUGUGUCAAGGGAUCUUAGGAUUCGCAUAGCUGCUUGCUGCUUUAAUGAGUUGAGCAAUAGGCUUGUAGUCAUUGAUAGGCGCGGCAGCAUCUACAUUUUUGAUUUUGUAUGCAAACGCUAUUGGCGUUUGGAUUGCACUGUUCUAGGGACAACACUAUUGGUUACCUCGCCCCGGCUUCAUAGUGAAUACAUUGUGGGCACCAAAUCGGGCCACGUCUAUACGUUGAAUGUAGAAAAGUCCACUCUACAGCAAACUAAAGUAGGCGAUUCAACCAUUGAUGAGAUUUCCUUUGGAAAUCGACUUAAUAGCUGCAGUGCAUGCAAUGCUCUGAUACGUUUAGGUCCUGCAGCUGUGUUAUUGAACUUUACCAAGUUGGUAUUGUCGCAUAAGCUGGAGUUUGAUCAGUCAAAGUUUACAUUGAAGUUUGCCAGUUUUUUACCCAAAUCGGAUAAGUUCUUCACAUGCUACACUAAUGACACGAUUCAUCUUUGGUCCAGCUUCAAUCUUGAAACCUUGUAUAUUUCUCAACCUAUUAAAGCGCGCGAUCGCAAAAAACGUUUGAUGCAAGGUGAUCAAUCAAAGAUCCCGGAGAUUGCUUUGCGUGCUGAAUAUGAUGAAGAGAACCAGGUUGAGGAUGACCUGGCAUUCACGUACGAUGAUCAGCCUUUCACCGAUGGCAAACUACUUGCAUAUAGCUUCUCUCCAAAUGGUAACAAGCUCCUCCUGAGCACAGUGGAUGGAUAUUUGUUGAUGCUCAGCACAGCAUCCCUUGACAUGGAAAAUUUGUUCAAGCUGCGCGAUUUCAUUUUGAAGCAAUUCGUGCUGAUGGCUCAACCUAAGAAUCGCAUUAUAUUUGGCAUCACAGCGGCCGGCAUGGCUAUCAUGUUGGAUCUGUUGCAGACGGAAUACAAACUUAUCGUGCAACGUUCGAAUGCUGUAAACAUAAAUGUUAGCCGCGAUGGAAAGCUGCUUAGCGUAUUGUCUAAGAGUGGUGAAGUGAAUGUGUGGUCCAUUUGCCGGCUAUAUAAUGCACUACAUGCACAGACGAAGUGCAUCUCCCAGGUACGCGCAGCGCUGAAGACGCCGACUGCAAAACUGCCUUGUCUCGUCAGUGGCCCAAUGAAUCAAGAGCUGCAAAAGUUGCUGAAACGUGAACGCUUGGAAGCUAUGCUCGCUGAGUUUGGCUGUUAUCCAGAGAAAUAUCGUUUCAUUAUAUGGAGUACACUGCUGGAGCUACCUUCUAAUGCCGCCCAGUUCCAAGCGCUUCUUAAACGUGGCCAGCCUCUUGUGAUCAAGCAACGUGCACGAAAUAUAAAGGUGAAAAGCGAUGCACAGAGACGAGCCGUUGUCAAAGUGUGGAGUUGCUUGGCACAUUGGUGCAAGGUGUUUGGCCAUGCGGAAUUUAUGCCGGAUCUGAUCUAUCCGUUUGUCAAGCAUAUGACCAAGAACAGCAUGGUGGUAUUUGAACUGUUGGUGACUCUAUUGCUCAACCAUUUGGAAUUAUGUUUUGAAUUCCACCCCUUGCCGCCAUGCAAUUAUCUGGCUAUGUGCGAGAACGUGUUGCAGGUGCACGAUAAGCAGCUGUCCAAGUUCUAUUGUGCAAUGGAUGUGCAGCCAAAGGAAUAUGCCUGGCCGUUGCUUACCAGUGGCUUUGCCGAGGUGCUGGAAGAGCAGCAGUGGCUGGUGUUGUGGGACAACAUCUUAACAAAUCCUCCUUACUUCAUUAUAUUCGUAGUUGUGGCUUAUAAUACGAUGCAACGGGAGACCAUUUUACGUUUGCCGGAAAAAUCCGACGUGGUUUACUUCUUUCACGAACAGAUGCCUAUUGAUGUCACUAAAUGGCUGUCCCGUGCCUGUAAGCUAAUGAACAAUUGUGAGAGCAAUGUGCAUCCACAGCGUUUCAUGCCACCCUUUGCGCCCAUACCCAAGGGCGUCUAUCCCAAGUUUCUGAAAUAUCCCAGGGAAUGGAUUGAGCAACAGGAGCAACAAAGUGUCGAGCUGAUGAAACAGCAGCAGGAAAUUGACGCACGCUUACGUAAAUUGGAGCUGGAGGAUAUCAAAAUUAAGGAUCGUUUGCACCAGGGUCUCAAGCAGGAGGAACAUGUACGUCGUCUCAAAGAAAUGGAACAGCUCUACCAAGACACCAUACAGCGCGAAGAAGAGCGAAUUGUCUCUCAACGCAAAAUUCUGCUUACCUAUCAAAUGGAGGCGCGACAGCGCAAAAGUCAGGUGUUGUCCAAGCUGCGGGAGUCAGAGCAACGUCGCAUGAUCUUGGAAAUGGAAAAGGACAUUGAUGGACUAAUGCGCAGUGUGGAGCGCGAGCGACGGCGUCGAAAUCAAGAGAUGCUCUUCGCCGAGGAUGAAAUACGCAAUCAGGAGAUGGAGCUAAUGGUGCAGCGCUAUACCAGUUGCUCACUUAAUUCACCUUUGUCCGUGAAAUAUUACGAAGACGUGCAAAAAAUGCGAAACGAAAGUGAUAAGCUUAAGCGAAAUCUGAAACAGAUGACCUUGGAGCAAGUGGAGCUUUGUAGGGAAGGACGAAUAUCUCUGCCAAAUCUCUCAGCUAUAGAAGAUUCCAUUCUUGAGAUACAGCAAGAACUAACGGAUAUCUUGAAUAGCGAGAACAGCAGUCAAUAAUCGGGGCAAUCUGUAUAGAAAAGAAUCUAGCCAUAAUAACUAAUAUAUGUUAAGUAAUUUAACAAUUUCCUUUUAAUAAUUACGAAAUAUUUCGUAACAAAGGCAUAAGCAUAAACAUAAUUAAUUAU